AUGGGCAUUGAAGAGACGCCCAUCCCGACUGUGCACACCAACACCGAUGGACUACACGAAGAACCACAGACUACCGGUACUCUACCGCCACGAGAGGACUCCGAGAAAGCAUCCGGCCCUCCUGACGAGCAUGAGAAAUUGGAUCGUCCAACAGGCUUCAAGCUUUAUCUGAUAUUGGCCUCCAUGACAUUGACUCAGUUUGUCAUCAUGCUUGACAUCUCGGUUAUCGUGACUGCGAUCCCUCAGAUUACGGAUCAUUUCCACUCUCUUCUUGAUGUUGGUUGGUAUGGAAGUGCAUAUCAGCUCGCGAGCGCAUCUCUGCAGCCGUUAAGUGGGAAGAUAUAUACCUAUUUUAAUCUCAAGUGGGCUUUCCUAUCGUUCUUCUUCGUUUUCGAACUGGGAUCUCUCCUUUGCGCAGUGGCGACGUCUUCGACAAUGUUAAUCGUCGCGCGAGCUAUAUCGGGGCUGGGCGCGUCUGGUUUGCUCAACGGUGGCUUGGCGAUCUUUGCUGCUUGUCUACCAAAAGAACGACAGCCAGCGAUGUUUGGCGUCUUGAUGGCAAUCGGUCAACUCGGUCAAGCCUGUGGCCCUCUGAUCGGCGGAGCUUUGACUCAGUACGCGACAUGGCGUUUAUGCUUCUACAUCAACCUUCCCAUUGGUGCUGUUGUUGCGGGGACACUCGUCUUCAUCCACAUUCCCAAGGGAGCCAUGAAGUCAGACAAGCAAACACUGCGGAGGAUGUUAACUCAGACUUUGGAUCUUGUUGGAUUUGCCAUUUUUGCUCCGGCAUCUAUUCAGUUCUUUCUCGCCCUUCAGUAUGGAGGUGGACAGCACGCUUGGACUAGCGCCACAGUCCUAGGGCUUUUCUGUGGAAGCGCGGCAACGUUCGCCAUCUUUCUCGUCUGGGAGUAUCAUAAAGGCGACGAUGCGAUGAUCCCCCUGGCGAUACUACGUCGACGGAUCGUAUGGUCAGCGUGCUUGACCUUGUUCUUCAUCGUCGGAAUCUUGAUUUGUGCAGGAUACUACCUCCCGAUUUGGUUUCAGGCUGUCAAGGGCACGACGCCGACUAUGAGUGGAGUGUACGUCCUGCCGAAUAUCCUCGGGCAGAUUGCGAUGGCCAUGGUAGCAGGCAUUUCCGUGCCAGUAUUCGGGUACUUCCUUCCCUUCAUCUUAACUGGUGCUUCCCUCGCUGCGAUUGGGUAUGGCCUGCUUUCGAUGCUUACUCCAACAUAUCCAUCUGGACCGAGAAUAGGAUAUCAAAUCAUCGGCGGAGUUGGAUGUGGAGCUGCAGCACCCAUUGUGUACGUCGCCCUCCAAGCACUCACUCCGGCGACGGAAUCACCAAUCGCCAUGGCAAUACUUCUCUUCUCCCAAAACUUUGGAGCUGCGACAUUCCUUACCAUCGCGCAGACGAUUUUUAGCAACAGCCUGAAAACAAAGAUCCCGCAAUACGCUCCAGGCGCCAAUGCCGAGGCGGUACUUGCGGCCGGGGCCACUGAAUUUACAAAGGUGGUUCCUCCAGACCAAGUGGCGGGCGUUGUAAAAGCCUACAGUGUCAGCGUCGACAAUGUGUUCUACCUUGUGUGUGGCGCUGCAGGGGGUGCGUUCGUCUGCAGCUGGGCGAUGGGAUGGAGGGACAUUAGGCAGAACAAGAGCAAUCAAGGUGCAAUUUCUGAAAAUCAAUCAGAGUGA